AUGAACUCAUCCGCAAAGCGCCCUGGUCGCCUCGGAGGCACCAAGUCCAAGACCGGGUGCGACACGUGCAAAAUUCGCCGUGUAAAGUGUGGCGAGGAGAAACCACACUGCGUGAGAUGUACCAGUACAGGACGCCGGUGCGAAUAUAGCAUCAGUCCUCUAAAGACUAUUGGGCGGCCCCAGCUGGAGCUCACGACCUUCACAUGUCAGAGAUCGCGAGAGCGUCGUGCUUUUGAAUAUUAUUUCCACAAAGCUGGCCCAUCACUUUCAGGAGUCCUGGACCAGGCCUUCUGGAGAGGCUCAGUCCUCCAAAUCUGCCGGGUAGAACCGCUUGUUUGGGAUGCGAUUAUCUCGCUCAGCGCGCUCUACGAACGACCUCCCAUUCAUGAGACGUCACCCUGGUUGCUUCUAAAUGAUCCAGCUGUGGUACGACAUCAGUACCAUCGCGAAGCGUUGGUCUGGUACUCGCGUUCGCUGGCGCUCCUACAGCAACGUAUUGAUCAGGGCACAGCAGACCUGGUGGUGGCCUUGAUCAGCUGCAUUCUAUUCAUUGCUAUCGAGCUCUUACAGGGGAGCCGCAGAGGUGCUCAGGUCUUGUACAAACAGGGUGCGCAAUUGAUUUUUGGUGCUUCGUCAACAUCAACCUCGACCAUCGCCGCCCUCGAGCCCAUCUUCCGCCGCUUGGGAACGUGGGUCUUCAUCACCAAUGGACUAUCAGAAGAAGCCUGGGGUCUUCAUUUGGCUGUUCCAGACGAGCGCUUCACAUCGACCGAAGAGGCAAGGAAUGUUCUGUGUAGCAUUGUAGCCGAAAUGAAGGCCCUCGACAUUGACUCCAAAGCUUAUAUACGCCGACCAACAGAUGGCCAGCUGCACGAGAUGUCAGGGCUGGUGGCCAGACAACAGCACCUGAAAACCCGACUCGUUGAAUGGUACCGCCUCUUUACAUAUUUGCAAUCUAUACAUGGCUCGAACAUCGACGGAGCAACUGCGCUUCUUCUAAUGACAUAUACGAGCGUCUUCAUCGAAGCAGAAGCCAUGCUGAAUUUCGAUCAAGGUGUAUACGACGCCUAUGAAUCUGAAUUCGCCCAGAUCAUCGACUUGGCUCCCACCGCGGUUGCAUGGACACGCAGCUCGGAAGGGGAACAACCGCCGUUUAUGUUUGAAAUGGGCGUAUUCCUCCCACUCUUCAUCACAGGACUUAAAUGUCCCUUCCCCGAGCUACGCCGACAGGCAUUACGGUACAUGUCGGAGGCUCCCCCGGCACAAGGGCUGUUUAUGUGCACCCCGGCCGCUCAUAUCAUGGCCAUUCUCAUUGGGCUAGAGGAGAACCCGGACCACCUGCCAGGAAAGGUCUCUGAAGUAUAUGAACUGCUAGCCAAACCGGGGCAUAUCCCACCAGCUCGGUAUCGCACAUGUGAUUUCAGUGUGUCGUCAGUUAAUGAGGAGGGUAAGACGCGGAAUUGGCUGAAUUAUACACUUCAUCACUUUGAUGGAGAGGGGAGGAUACAGGUCAUAGAGAAAAGGGUACUAUUCCCUACAUGA